CUAUAACAAUAUAAAGAACGUAAACAAAUUCCGCACAAUUUUCGGCAUCUUCGAUCGCUAGGCGGCUUCAUUUCGGUGAAUAGUGUUAUUAUUGUUCCAUAAAACUGUGCAAGAUUCAGAUAAGACGAAAUCCACGUUUGUUUUAAUUAGCUUGGUGUAUUCUUAAAGCUUGUCUUACAGUGGUUCGGUGACAUUGAAGGUGCAGUUGCGAAGUAAGACGGUUCUCUGUGUGUUUUAUUUGGUGUUACAUAUUCUGAGGAAAAUGGCCAACCCUAAUCAGGAGAUUAAAUAUACCAAGUUGUUCAUCAACAACCAAUUUGUGGACUCCAAGAGCGGCAAAACAUUUCCAACGUUGAAUCCUGCUACUGGCCAGAAGAUCAUUGACCUUUCAGAAGGAGACAAGGCCGAUGUUGAUGCCGCUGUCCAAGCCGCCAAAACCGCAUUUUCCCGCAGCUCUCCAUGGCGCCAGAUGGAUGCCUCGGCCCGCGGAAAGCUGCUGCACAAACUGGCCGAUCUGAUGGAACGGGACAUCAAUGUGCUGGCCAAUCUGGAAUCCCUGGACAAUGGCAAAGCUUUCGGUGAUUCGGUGUUCGACAUGAACUGCGCCAUCGAUACGUUCCGCUACUAUGCCGGCUGGGCGGAUAAGAUUCACGGCAGCACGGUGCCCUCGGAUGGGGCAGUGAUGACCUACAUUCGCAAGGAACCCGUCGGAGUGGUUGGACAAAUCAUCCCCUGGAACUAUCCGGUGCUGAUGUUGACCUGGAAGUGGGCACCAGCGUUGGCCACCGGAUGCACCCUGGUGCUGAAACCCGCCGAGCAGACCCCACUGAGUGCGCUUUACAUGGCCGCGCUCUCCAAGGAAGCCGGCUUCCCGGAUGGAGUGAUCAACGUGGUCAACGGGUACGGGCCAACGGUGGGAGCUGCCAUCGUGAACCACGCGGAAAUUCGUAAAGUUGCAUUUACCGGUUCGGUCGAAACGGGACGUUUGAUUACCGAGGGAUCGUCCAAAUCGAAUCUGAAGCGAGUUUCGUUGGAACUGGGUGGCAAGAGCCCGUUGGUGGUGUUCGAUGAUUUCGAUGUGGAUGAAGCAGUUGAAAUCGCUCACAAUGCGAUCUUCGCCAAUCACGGUCAAAACUGCUGCGCCGGAAGUCGCACAUUCGUCCAGGAAGGCAUCUACGAAAAGUUUGUGGCGAAGGCCACCGAGUUGGCAAAAGCCCGCAAGGUUGGAGAUGCAUUUGCCGACGGCACACAGCAAGGUCCCCAAGUUGACGAGGAGCAGCUGAGCAAGAUUCUGGGCUUCUUCGAGUCGGCCGGCAAGGAGGGUGCCAAACUGCAAACCGGCGGAAAGCGUCACGGAAACGUUGGAUUCUUCGUGGAACCGACGGUCUAUUCGGAUGUUACAGAUAAUAUGCGUAUCGCCCGCGAAGAAAUUUUCGGUCCGGUUCAGAGUAUUUUGAAGUUCAAGACACUGGAUGAGGUUAUUGAGCGGGCCAAUAACACGGAGUACGGCUUGGCUGCGGGAGUUCUGACCAACAACCUGAAUAAUGCGUUGCUGUUCUCGAACGCUGUUGAAGCUGGUUCUGUCUGGGUCAACUGCUACGAUUACGUCAUGCCGAUGACUCCCUUCGGUGGAUUCAAGCAAUCCGGACACGGACGUGAGCUGGGCUACGAAGGUAUCGAAUUGUACACGGAAACCAAAACCGUGACUAUCAAACUGCCAUCGAAAGUCUGAUAAAAAGGUCACCAUCGUUCGCCCGGUUCGUCGCACAGCAGAGCAGCUGAACGAAAGUGGUAAUAACUCUGGUUUCCGAAAGAUGAAGACGAUGAUCGUUUAAAUAAAAACAAUCCGCUCGAAAUCAA